AUGGUUUUCAAGCUGAAACAGCAAAACCGUUCAGGCGCAGGCCCGGCUCCGGUAGUAGAUACACCUACUAUCGUCAGAGGUGUCAUCGAUGAGAUUCGCGCAAAGGGCGAUGAUGCUGUGAGGGCAUACUCGGAGAAAUUCGACAAGUGGAGUCCUACCAGCUUCAAGCUCUCGCAAGAAGAGAUCCAGCAUAUUAUCUCGACGGUUCCUCAGCAGGUUCUUGAUGAUAUCAAGCAGGUCCAGGCUAAUGUGCGCGCCUUUGCGCUUGCGCAAAAGGCGUCUAUCAAGGAAUUUGAAAUGGAAAUUCGCCCCGGUGUGCAUUUGGGACAGAGAAAUAUUCCGGUCAACUCGGUUGGAGCAUAUAUCCCCGGUGGUCGGUAUCCUCUUCUCGCGUCGAGCCAUAUGACGAUCCUUACGGCAAAGUGUGCUGGUGUCACUCAUGUCACGGCCUGCACUCCUCCAAUUGCCGGGAAGAUUCCUGCCAACACGGUUGCUGCGAUGCACUGCGCUGGUGCGGACGAUAUAUACAUUCUGGGUGGCGUUCAAGCCGUUGCAGCUAUGGCUAUUGGUACGGAAACAAUGAAGAAAGUCAAUUUCAUUGCUGGCCCAGGAAAUUCCUUUGUCGCUGAAGCCAAGCGACAACUGUUUGGAGAGGAGAUUGGAAUUGAUCUGCCUGCGGGACCGACUGAGAUUCUCAUCGUGGCCGAUGAACAUACCGAUCCCUUCACCGUUGCCACCGAUCUCUUGUCCCAGGCUGAGCAUGGAUAUGACACACCUGCUAUUUUGAUCACCACUUGCAAGACUCAAGGGGAGAAGACCAUUGCGGAGGUUGAACGACUUUUGAAGAUCUUGCCGACUGCCGAUGUUGCUGGAGUUUCAUGGGAUCGCCUGGGAGAGGUGAUCGUGGUAGAUAGCUUGGACGAGGCUUACGAGCUCGCCGAUGAAUAUGCCUCUGAGCAUGUUCAGAUAUUGACGCAAAACCCCCGGGAAGCUUUGGAGAAGAUGUCCAACUACGGAGCGCUUUUCUUGGGCGAGAAAACGUGCGUAUCCUAUGGCGACAAAUGCAUCGGAACCAACCACGUUCUGCCAACUCGGGGCGCUGCACGAUAUACAGGGGGUCUUUGGGUUGGUAAGUUCUUGAAAACAGUCACUUAUCAAGAAGUUACUUCACCGCAAGAAAGUGGAGAACUUGGUCGGCUCUGUGGGAGAGCAGCACGAGCUGAGAACUUUGAAGGCCAUGCCCGCUCAGGGGAUGCCAGGGCUCAUCGGUAUCUGAAUGAUAAGUUUGAGUGGAUUGAAUAA